CGCCAGGCACUGCGCUAGCCAGCCCGCGCCCCGAUGGGGUCCUUCGGGCCAUUGCCGGACAGCCCAGCUCGGGGUCCUGGUGCGGUCGCGUAGCAGCGGCGGAGACGCUGCCGAGCCGCUACAGGAGUGCGUUAGCCUGUUAGCAGACAGUGAUAAGACUCCAAGGCUGGCUCUUGUCUACAGCCAAGAGCUAAUGGCAGGGGACAGAGCCAAACAUUGUGAGCUGGACCAAGAGAAAUACGAUGCUCAUGACAACGUGAAGAUCAUCUGCCUGGGGGACAGUGCGGUGGGCAAGUCCAAACUCAUGGAGAGGUUUCUCAUGGAUGGAUUUCAGCCACAGCAACUGUCCACAUAUGCUCUGACCCUGUAUAAGCACACGGCCACAGUAGACGGCAAGACCAUCCUUGUGGACUUCUGGGAUACAGCAGGCCAGGAGCGGUUCCAGAGCAUGCAUGCCUCCUACUACCACAAGGCUCACGCCUGCAUCAUGGUAUUUGAUGUCCAGAGGAAAAUCACUUAUAAGAACCUGGGUACCUGGUAUGCAGAACUUCGGGAGUUCAGGCCGGAGAUCCCAUGCAUCCUGGUGGCCAAUAAAAUUGAUGACAUACAGAUGACUCAAAAGAACUUCAGCUUUGCCAAGAAGUUUUCCUUGCCCCUGUACUUUGUCUCCGCUGCUGAUGGAACCAAUGUUGUGAAGCUCUUCAAUGAUGCAAUUCGAUUAGCUGUGGCUUACAAGGAAAGUUCCCAGGACUUCAUGGACGAGGUUUUACAGGAGCUUGAGAACUUUAAACUGGAACAGAAAGAGGAGGACGCGCCAGACAGAGAGCAGAGUGACGUGAUCAAGAGCCCAUCUCCUCCUUAGUCAAGAGGACACCCACACAUGGCUGAGCUGGGGUGCUGGACGCCAUUUGGAAUAUCCAAUAUCUCUGGAGAACCUCUCCAGGCUGCCCCUGCUCAGCUUCCUGCAAAUCCACUGCUCUGUGGUCCAUGACGAGGUCAACACAAACACACUAGACAGGCAUGAUAUCCCCCACCACCUUCCUGCAGCAGGGUGAGGGAUCCAUGUCUUUGACAUCUCUCCACCCUACCAGCAGCCUGGCAGUGUAGAAUCAGUGAACACACUCAUGUCUUCUUACUAGACACUUAAGUUUGUCGUCCUUCAUCCCAAACUGACCUCAGGGACUCUCUUUGCACUCCUGCGGACAGAAUGUGUCCUACAGAAUCUGUGACACCUCUGUGUGUUUUCCCUCUGAGUUUCCCAACCAACUUUUUCAACAUUAUUCUGGACAGACAACUGUUAAUUCCAGGUUUUUAGUGCUGUUUCAGGAGCUCUUGGUCGGGUGGGGAGCACAGGAGCAGGGCUACUGCAGUCACGUGACCGCAUGGCAAGUCUGGCCAUGUCUAGUCACACACACAUUACUGUUCCCCGCCACAUGGACAUCUCAGGGUAGAGAGCACUCCUCCACUUGUCCAGAGCAGGUUAAACACUCAUCUUCUGUGGAUGGCAGAGGAAGAGCUGCCCUGCAUCUGCAGCUUGUUAGUUUGCUCUUAUGACUGUCUUGAGCAUCGUUUGCAUUGUCUUUAUUAUUUUGUUUGUAUUGUUUCCUUUUUUACAAUAAAGAUUACAUUUCAUAAA